AUCUAUUUUGUGAAGGGGGAAACUAAUGCUACAUCUCUGUGGUUUUGUGAUUGGUGAAUGGAGUUCACCAAGCGCACAGUACACUCACUGGACUGUCAUUCAUGUCCAUUAAAGAACAGGGCCCGCCUACCUCUUAUAAAUUCCCGGUCCACGAUUCUGAAGUUACUGUAUACUUCACUUCGUAGGACAUUGAACGGAUAAGGGAAGCGUUGUGCGUUAAACAAAUGGUUGUUCAAGUAAAUCCGCGCACUCGCCAUAACAAAGCAAUGGAAGGCAGUCAGCAAAAGGUGGAAGUCAAUAUCUUGUUACUUGGAGCUGAAAGCGUCGGGAAAUCUGCUCUCACUGUACGGUUUCUCACUAGAAGGUUUAUCGGCGAAUAUGGAAAUAUUGAAUCUAUCUACAGUCAUAAUGACAGAAUAGACGGGCGUGAGAUUUGCUUCAAUGUUUGGGACUCGAUUUGCCCCCAGAAUGGAGAGGGCGCGGGACUCAUCAGCGACAGACAACUCCAGUGGGCUGACGGUUUCAUUCUGGUUUACAGCAUAUGUGACUGUGCGAGUUUCAACGUGGUACAGCAACAGGUGCAGCGCAUCCGUCAAGCCAAAAGCAAGUUUCCAGGCGCACCUCCCAUAAUCAUUGUAGGGAAUAAACGCGACCUCCAACAUCGCCGCACUGUGUCCAGCGAGGAAGGACGCCUUCUUGCUCUUUCCACAGACUGUGGCUUCUUCGAGAUCUCUGCAGCGGAAACCUACCACGGGGUACUGCUGGUAUUUCACGAACUACUCGACCUUAUCCGAGAGGCGAGGGCGCUCAAGAAAGGGGCAGCAGGGAUCAAAGGUAUCGUGAGAAGUAUGUCUGCGGUUUUCGGGCGGAAAAGGACGGAGUAGUUUAAUCGCCUAAUGCGAGAGACAUUGAGAUUGUUGUUCUGCCUCUAAAAGCUCCAGGACUAAAUUGACAGUUAAGUUUCCAUAUUGGAAAAGGUUCAUGCACCAGAAUGCAUCUAACUGAACUCGCACCAGUUAGGUUACUGAAAUGAGAAGAAUAACAACCAAAUUUCGUCGAAAGUUUGUAUGGGUAUUUUUGCAAAAUCAAUGUUCUGUGUCUGGGGCCAGAUGGCCUGAAUGAGGCUAAAUAGCAACUGCCUUGCAACAGGUCAUGCCAAAUGUAAAGAGAAUGAUUAAUUAUAUUGUGUAUAUCUCUGACCAAAAUGUUGUGGGAAGUCCACAGUGUAUGUUAUUUAGGACAGGCCUUUUUGGUCUUAUAAUUGGCACAAUCCCUUUCUACAACUUUUGACAAUAUAGGCCUAUGCAAGGCAGAGGAUGUGUACGUUUUUCACUCAUAAUGGUGUGAUCAUUAAAUUAUCUGCAUUAAUUUGUAUGCAACCUUCUAGUAGCUUUGCUGUGGUUUGUUUCAUGACAACUACAUUAAACAAAGAAUGUUUAAAUGCCAUUCCGUGGGGGAACAUUCUCUCCACACCUUUAGGACGUUAGUCAAUGCCCUCUGUUCAUCUGUGUGCUGUACAUUUGAAAAUGUAUUGGAAUUUUCAUAGGGGAUUUAUGAAGUGGGCAGUCAUAUUUUUGUAUACAAGUCAUUUGACUUUACCUGUACAAAGUGUACAUAUUAUAGAUAACUUUAUGUCUU